GUGGGGUUCACUCCAACGAUUAUUCUCAGAUUACUCUAUGAUGGUGGCAAUAAGAACAUGAAUAAUCCUCAUGUGGGUUUGUGUUUAUGUUUUCAGCCUUGUCAAGUAAUUAAGAGAAGGAGAUGAAUGGAUGGAGUUAGUAAGUGCAAAUGUUAAUUCCAAAAGGAAAUAAAAAUAAUUUUCAAUCAUAUUCGAUUCUCGGCCAAAAUAGGCAGAAAAAAGAGAUUCAUAUCAUUUGGCUAGAGGGAUGAUUUAUAAAUCAGACGUGUCUCAGUUGCACUGUCUAGACCUUUCGUAAUACAGGUGAUUUGAUGUCAUACCUGCAUUUUAUCAGAUAUUAUUUUGACAAUAAUGUAUCUUAUAAACAAAACCAUUUGACACUCUUAACACCGUGAUCUCGUACUGUAAGUUUUGCAGUUCAAUGAUCUCGUACAGAAAACCCAAGCGGAUUUUUAAUUUUGUCUGAAACUGUAAAACGGAGCAAUAACUAAUGAGCCUUGUCUUGACACGGGCUUCUAGGGGUCCACAUAUUUGACCUCGCAUGUGCACAGUCAAAACCCGAGAAGUAGACGAGUUGUUUCAGUUCAGACAUGAUUGAGGUUUGAAUGUCUCUCUCGACUCUCACUUCAAAAUCGUACUGUGCAUCAGUGAAUCUCCCGUUCGAGUCCGCAAGAAACGAUGAGUAAAGUUGCUCACUUUAUUCUGUGCAACAUUAUUUGAAUUAAGAUCAUGUAGGGAAAAGAAAGGAUAGAGAGAAAUAGAAAGAUUAGUAAAAAGCAUGAGUGUUUCUAUAACAGUGAUGACCUUCAACCUCCAUGAAGAUCAGCCACCAGACAGUCCUAAUUCAUGGGAAAAGAGGAGGGAUUUGUGUAUCAGCGUCAUCACCAGCUACUCCCCAGUGAUCCUCUGUACCCAACAAGGUCCCUCUUCCUCUCCAUACUCGCGCCUGUACAUGAGUAAAAUCCCAGUUGGAUUAUCUUCAGCAGGGCUUGCCAGGAAAGGAUCACAAGACACUUCAGAUGAACACUGCACCAUCUUCUAUGAUAAGGAGAAGGUAGAGCUGGUAGAAGGUGGAACUUUCUGGUUGUCAGAGUCGCCUUCUGUCCCCGGAAGCAUGUCAUGGGGUUCUGUUGUUCCAUGUAUUGCAACAUGGGUGACAUUCCAACUGAAAGGAGUCGAGCCACCGGGCUUUUCCUUCCAGAUAGUCAAUACAAAUAUAGAUGAGAACAGCCCUCGUGCCCGUAGACGAAGUGCUUUACUCACAUGGCAGCACAUUGCAUCCCUACCUCCUAGCUUAUCGGUUGUAUACUGUGGCGGCUUCAAUACACAAAAGGAAUCAACUACAGGGCGUUUUCUACUUGGGAGAUCAAGAGAGCAUGGUGUAGUGGGGGAUAUGAGGGAUGUAUGGCCCAAUGCCCGUGUGAGAAAAAAUGUCUCUCUCAUACGCACUUACCAUGGAUUCAAAGGUAACAAGCAAGGAGCUGUUGAAUACCUCAAACUGAUUUUUAGAGCUCUUUGCCUUUGCUGGGAUCGCCAAACUCAGGAUCUACACGUAGAUUGGAUUCUCUUCAGGGGUAGAUCUCUAAUUCCUGUUUCUUGUGAAGUGGUGAAUGAUAACAUUGAUGGGUACUAUCCAUCCUCGCACUAUCCCAUAUUUUCCGAGUUCAUGCUUCCUCGUAGUGUGAGAAUGCUUGAACAACCUACUCAAGAGGAAAAUUAAAUGCUAUCCGAUUUGAAUCCCUAUCUCCUCCUAGAGUGCUAAUGGCACGAUGAUGCUUGCAAUGAUCAGAUAGCUAUUUUGAUCAUAUUUGGUGUGGUUGUGUAAUUAUGUAAAUAUUUUAACUUACUUUUGGGGCGCUCUGGAAAUCAUGUAUGGAUAUAAUUUCAUAUGAAUGUCUUAAAAGAGAAAUUUGGUAC